UAAAUGUGCAAGUGUUUGAAUGAUUACCACUAAUGAAAAUGGAAAAUAUUGCAACAAUUCUUAUUGUUUCAACAUUGAACAAAGUUAUCUGAAUUUUGAAUCAAUUAUUGUCGACAAUUUAUUUAUUUUUACCUUAAUUCAAAUAAAUAUAUUACAUUCAAGAUGCGAAGUGUGAAAUCAUUAUUCUCACAAUUGUCUUGUGGUUCACAUCGAUCGGUCAAAAUUGAUUCACCAAAUAGUGGUAGUGACAAAACCAAUCUUUCGGCUAAUCAUAAUAUUGAAAAUUCACAGGAAAUAUCCGGUAAUCAUUCAUCUUUACCGUUGAUGCAAGUUACAACUGAAAAAAUGUCUAAUCGUAAUCGAGAUUUUAGCGAAAAAGUUGUACUGAUAACCGGUUCCAGCGGUGGUAUUGGUUUGGCUACAGCAAAAUAUUUUGCACGUUGUGGUGCCAAAGUGGUCAUCAAUGGACGUAAUCCUGUGGCUAUUGCAAAAGCUGCAGAAGAAUGUCAAUGUAUUUCACCUAAAAAAUAUCGGGCCUUACAGAUGAAAGCUGAUGUCACCAAAGAAGAUGAUUGUAAACGCUUGAUUGCCACCACUAUCGAUCAAUUCGGAAAAUUGGACAUCCUUAUCAAUAAUGCAGGUGCUGGAGCUUUUGGCUCUUAUGAUCCAAAACUUUUGGAAACAUUGGAACAUAUGAUCAAUUUGAAUGUUAAAUCAAUUGCCAUGGUUACUCAGAUGGCUGUACCACAUCUGGAAAAGACAAAUGGUGUCAUAGUGAAUAUUUCGAGUACAUUAUCAUUCAAACCGAAUGUACAUUUCAUGCCAUAUUGUGUGGCCAAAUCGGCUGUCGACAUGUUUACCAAAUGUAUUGCCAUGGAACUUGGACCAAAAGGCAUUCGUGUCAAUACCGUCAAUCCGACUGCUGUACGCACCAAUUUUCAAGCUGCAACUGGUGCUGGAGAAAUUCUUGAUGGCGUACUUAAACAUCUGGAACAAACCAAUCCAUUGAGACGAAUUGGAACAACCGAAGAUAUUGUCAAUGCUAUUGCAUAUUUGACUUCUUCAGAAUCAUCAUUUGUUACCGGACAUUCAUUGGUUGUUGAUGGGGGCUCUGUUUACGUUUAACAUUUGAAAUACAAUUUUUUUCGAUUUGACAUGUUUUGAUCACUUUUUCAAAAUAAAUUAAUAAAUAUACAAGUUGAUUAU